UGUUGAAUUUCACAGAGCACCUUCUGCCUGCGCACCUAUUCGAUAUUUGAUCUAACAAGCGGUGCGGAUGCUAACGGCAAAGUCACUCAACCAGAAAAGCAAGACACCCUUGAAAUUCAUCAUUGAAUAGUCGCAGAUAUGGCGGAGGCAGAAGAGGACUUUUCGUCUUUGCCAUUGCCCGAUCGUUUUACACACAAGAAUUGGAAAGUCAGGAAAGAGGGCUAUGAGGAUGCUGCAAAGCAAUUCGAAAAGACACCCGAUGAAUCGGACCCUGUGUUUAGACCGUUCUUGCAGGAUCCUGGGCUAUGGAAAGGUGCUGUUGCCGACUCCAACGUCGCCGCACAGCAAGAGGGUCUCGCUGCUUAUUGCGCCUUUCUGAAAUAUGGAGGCGUCCAAGCGUGCACGAGAACUCGGGGGACCACCGUCGGUCCCAUCGUGGAGAAGGGCCUUCCGUCGAUGCGUGCCGCAGCAAAGACGAGUUCAGUAGAAGCUCUACUGCUCUGCAUCGAACUGGACAAGUCUGAGCCCGUGAUCGAAGACCUUCUUCCCGCCCUGUCGCACAAACAACCGAAGAUCAUUGCCGCGUCGCUGGCAGCGUUGACUGCCAUCUAUCAUAACUACGGGUGUAAGAUCGUGGACCCGAAACCGGUCCUCAAGGUGCUGCCCAAGGUUUUCGCGCACGCAGAUAAGAACGUCCGAGCGGAAUCUCAGAACCUGACGGUGGAGCUUUACCGGUGGCUCAGGGAGGCGAUCAAGCCAUUGUUUUGGGGAGAACUGAAGCCCGUACAACAGCAGGACCUCGAAAAGAUGUUUGAAAAUGUCAAGCAAGAAGCUCCCCCAAAGCAGGAGAGGUUUACACGAGCACAACAAGAUGCGAUGGCGGCUGCUAGUGCUGCUCCAGGCGGUGACGAGGGAGAAGGCGGGGAAGGAGAGGAGUAUGGUGAGGAGGACGAGGGAGAAGUCGACGUUUUCGACCUUGCAGAACCAGUUGAUGUGAUGCCCAAGGUGCCGAGCGAUUUGCAAGAGCAGCUCUCUUCUUCGAAGUGGAAAGACAGAAAGGACGCCCUGGACGCGCUACACAACGCUUUGAACGUGCCGAGGAUCAAGGAGGGGCCCUUCGACGAAAUUGUGAGAGGGCUGGCGAAGUGCAUGAAAGACGCAAACGUUGCUGUGGUCACUGUGGCCGCAAACUGUGUCGACCUUCUCGCAAAAGGACUCCGCCAGGGAUUCGGUAAAUACAGGUCGACGGUCAUGGGGCCUAUGCUGGAACGAUUGAAGGAGAAAAAGCAGUCAGUAGCAGAUGCUCUGGGGCAAGCACUCGACUCGGUCUUUGCGUCAACGAACUUGUCCGAGUGUCUCGAGGAGGUCCUUGAGUUCCUGAAGCAUAAGAACCCCCAGGUCAAGCAGGAGACGCUGAAGUUCUUGAUUCGAUGCCUCAGGACGACCAGGGAAGUUCCCUCCAAGCCUGAAGUGAAGUCGAUAGCUGAAGCCGGUACCAAGUUCCUCACCGAGUCGAGCGAGGUCAAUCGUGCCGGGGGAGCUGAGGUACUUGGAACGCUCAUGAAGAUUUUGGGAGAGCGAGCGAUGAAUCCGUACCUCGACGGUCUUGACGACAUCAGGAAAACGAAGAUUAAGGAGUUCUACGAGACGGCAGAAGUCAAGGCUAAGGAGAAACCGAAGCCCGUGGCAGCUCCCCCCAAAGCUGCUCCUCCAGCAGCCAAGAAGCCUCUUGGGACAAAGAAGCCCGCUUUGGGUCUCAAGAAACCGGCUCCUGCAGCGGCUCCUCCAGCGGCGGCGGCUCCUCCUCCUCCACCUGCAGAGGAACCUGCGCCAGCUCCCUCUCGGCCUAAGCCUGCUGGCAGAGGAAUUCCGUCUAAGCUCGGUGGUAUUCCAAAAACCAGCGGGCUCGCUACACCCGGUUCUGGGCUCAAAUUGCAGCGAAAGAUCCCCGCAGCCAAUCCUGCUUCGCCGCAGCGACGAGUUGCAUCUCCGACAUCUGAAGACGCACCUACGCCUGCUCCUCCUAAAUUCGGACUCGGUCGAGGCCUUGCUGGGCGUCCCAUUGCAAGAUCUGCGGCGGCUGAACCUGCUCCGGCCCCGGCUCCGGCUCCUGCAGCACCCGCAAUGUCAGGUCUUGCGGCCGCUGAACACGCUGAACUAGAAGAGCUUCGCCUCGAAAAGGAGCACUGGUUGAGGAUGAAUGAAGACCUCAAAUCGGAGCGAUCACGCCUCGCCUCCCAGAUCACCGAACUGCAGAACCAGAAUGCGCAGCUGAUCGAGGAUCAUACGAGAGAUGUCUUGAGCAUAAAGGCUAAGGAGACACAGCUAGUGAGGGCGCGCAGUGAUGCUGAGGCGGCGGAGCAGACUGUACAGAAGCAGCAGAGGGAGAUUGAGCGAUUAAAGCGUGAGCUCUCACGGGCUGUCCGUGCAACUGCAAUUAGUCCGCCCACUGUUCCAGAUGGCCUCAAUAUGGGUGUGACGGAUCACGCAUCGAUAUAUCACGAAACGGGCAGCAACGGUAACGGGGCGCCCUCCCGUUCCGGUCUCCACAUGGGAUCCCGGUUUGAUGCUGCCCGGUCAAGGAACUACAUGUCUCCAAGCCCGAGCGAUGAGAAGGAGAACAAUGGUAUGGAGUCUCCGGGUCGCAGCUCCAGGGACAGCGGUAGUUUGGGUAGGAACAAUAAACUGAGUCCCACAGUCGGGUCUGGCUUUUCAAACAUGGGAAGCCCAAUCCGAUCAUCCAACUCUCUUAGAUACGGAUCUGGCAGUCAUUCGGGAGAGGAACAGCCUGCACGGUCUGCAGAGCCUGCUGAAAACUGGAAGAGGGCAGCGGAGGUAACCAGCCAACUGAAGGCCAGGAUCGAGCAGAUGAAGGCAAGGCAAGGGCUCACGCGACCUCCGACGCAGCGUUAAUGACGAAUGACACGGUCUUAUGUUGGAUUCCCGGCGCCUGUUGACAUGAUUAUUAUUCCUACGCCAUUUAAAUCACCACCUUCUCUGGCUGGCUCUUAUGCAUGCCUUCUUUUGACCGGUUUGCAGAUGUUCGGUCGGUUCAUUAAUUCAUCACUUCCCACGGCAAUACCCUGUGUUCGUUUUUGACCCCUGACUUUUAGAGGUGCCUCUGCUGUUGGUUCGAAGUCGGGUGACUUCUUUUCUCAUGUAUGUAUUUAAUGCGAUUGUUUUGCACGUCAAUAUACCAAAUCCAAGGGACUCUGCGCCUUGGUACUGGCGCGGCC